AUGUUCAAUCCCAUCAUCUUCCAGGCACCAAGGGCCUCCUACAGCAAGACCUCCUUCCCCAGGAAUCUGUGUACGAUCCCAUGGAAUCCGAUGAUUUCACCAGGCCGCACAGGCGGAGUACCCUGCCUCUGGUUUCCUGCGCCAAAGGCGGCCUCCGUGGUGAUGUACUUUCACGCGAACUCCGAGGACAUUGGCACUGCCUUCCAUUUCGUAAAACACAUGCGAGAUCAGUUCAAGGUGAACGUCAUUGCCGUGGAGUAUCCCGGCUAUGGGCUACUGCAAGGCAUCGAGCCCGCCGAAGAGACCAUCUUCGAAGUCGCCCUGACGGUGUUCAGAUAUCUCGUGGAUGACUUGCGAGUGAGCUAUUCUUCUGUGAUC